AACACUGUAAAUAAAUCACUACCCACAAGUAAAGCAGGUAAGACUAAGUCCAAUCUUAACUUUUGAGAAACUUUCCUUCUCUCUUAAUCUUACUCUCCAUCUCUGGCAGCUGAUAAGAAUGUAUGCAAAUAUAAGAUAGUCUGGGUUUAGAAGAUACUGAUCUAUUGUGAGUCACAAAAUUUGGGAAGCCAUUAUAUCAAGAACCAAACCAUCUAUUUCAUGUAGAUUUAUUUCAAACCACAUGCCAAAACAAAGAAAAUUUAAUAUAGUCUGUAGGUAAAUGUCAUGCUCCUGUGCUGAGAGGAAUGCAAGUUUCCUUUUUGAAAAACAGCCACGUCCUCAGGUGGUGGGUAUCCUGAGAUACCCAAACAGGAGUUGGGAGAUGCUUUUUCCCUUCCUGGAGUGGUUGUUGCACUCCAGAGCAGUACUCCCUUCGAGGCUGGACCCUCACCUGAAUCACACUUCUAAAUUUCAGAUGGUGAGUGCACUGUCCCUGCCAGUCAGAGAACAGAACACAUUUAGUGAAAUCCUGUUUUUGUUUAGAGAGGAGAAGCGUUAUUGCUUGGGGAGAAGGCAGCAGUGUCUAUUUUGAUAAUCUGGAAGGAGCAGAUUCUAAUGGCUAAUGAGGUAUUGAUUAGGUCCACAGUGUUUUGCUCAGCAGAAAGAAAUCUGCUAGGGGCAGGAAGGGUUCUGCAUAAGAAACAAUGAAAAGUAGGGGUAGAGGACACAGAAACAGCUUUACACUUCAGUGUUUGUGGUUUAUUCCUAGUUAUUUUAUUCCUUUACUCCUUGUGUUUUUCUUCUUUAGCAGGCAAAGGAAAAUGGCACAAGGGAAAAAUAUCUCAUUUGAGCUUCAGAUGUCUGCUGUGAAGGUCCAGGAUCUGGGAACUGAAUCCCUGGUGUUUUUGUGUACACCUAUUAAAGUAUAUACAAGCAACAUGCUAAGGAGAAUGCCCUUGGAACCAGUCAGAUGAAAGGCCAGUGGUGUAUUGGUUAUAAGGGACUACUGAAAAAUCAGCUGAGUAGAAAAAAUGUUUAGGAUUUUUUGGCAAUGUGUUCAAGAAACCUGAAUUCCAAAAAACCAAACCUGCCUUUAAUGCCCUCAUUUCAAGGAUGGAAAACCACACCGGGAUAAGUGAGUUCACUUUGGUUGGGUUCAAAUCCCACCCAGGAUCACAACUCCUCCUCUCUGUUCUCUUCUCCACCAUGUACAUUGUCACUGUAGUGGGAAACAUCUGCAUGAUACUCAUCAUCAGGAUGGACUCCAGCCUGCACACCCCAAUGUACUUCUUCCUGGAGAACCUGUCCACCUUGGACAUCUGCUAUUCCUCUGUCAUCACUCCCAGGGCAACACUGGCAUUCUUACUGGGCAGGAGAAGCAUUUCCUACAAUGGCUGUGCCUCACAGAUGUUCUUCUUCUCUCUCUUUGGCACGACAGAAGCGUUCUUCCUCGCCGUGAUGGCUUACGAUCGCUUCACUGCCAUCUGCAACCCCCUGCUCUACCAAGUCAUUAUGAGCAGAAGGCUUUGUGUUCUCAUGGUGGUGGGCUCUUAUCUGUCAGGCUGCAUCAACUGCACCAUCCAGACAGGCUUCACGUUCAGCCUGUCCUUUUGUGGGCACACAGAAAUCAACCACUUCUUCUGUGAGGUUGCUGCAGUGAUCCACGCCUCCUGUUCCGACACUCUCGUCAAUGAACUCGUCAUGCUGGCCGUGUGUGGGUCAAUCAUUGUGGGCACUGCCUUGGUGGUUUUCAUCUCCUAUGGUUAUAUAAUCAUCACAAUAGUCCAAAUGCCUUCAGCUGAGAGCAGGCACAAGGCCUUCUCCACCUGCUCGUCUCACAUGAUAACAAUCUGCUUGUUCUUUGGGACAGUGUUCUUCAUGUAUGCUCAGCCUGGAGCUGCAGCUUCACCCAGCAAAACCAACACCAUCUCAAUCUUCUACACUGUUGUUAUUCCCAUGCUAAACCCUUUCAUUUACACCCUCCGAAACAGGGAGGUAAAAAGGUCUCUGAAAAAACAGUUAAAAAGGAAAGGGUAUUUUUAGCCCCUUUACUGGAGCUGAGGAUGAACACAGUGUCCAAUUUGGUACAGAUGCUUAGAAUGCAAAAUAAAGAACAUCAGGACCUGCUUUCAAGAGUCUUUUGUGUU